AGCGCCAUUGAGGAGCCGGGAGAGGAAGCGCCGCGCAGUGCCGGGCUAGGCGGGCGGCCCGGGACACAGACAGGUUCUUCUGUGACCAUGAGAGGGAAAAGUAAAGAAUGAUCCAUGAUUUUUAAACACCUUGUCUUGAGGAUAUAGUCAUGUUGGAAGGUCUUGUAGCCUGGGUUCUCAAUACCUACCUGGGAAAAUACGUCAAUAACCUGAACACCGAUCAGCUCUCUGUCGCGCUUCUGAAAGGUGCUGUUGAGUUGGAAAACUUGCCCUUAAAGAAAGAUGCCUUGAAAGAACUGGAGUUACCAUUUGAAGUCAAAGCCGGCCUGAUUGGGAAGGUAACGCUUCAGAUUCCCUUUUACCGCCCCCACGUGGACCCUUGGGUGAUCUCCAUCUCCAGCCUUCACUUAAUUGGAGCCCCUGAAAAGCUAGAGGAUUUCAACGAUGAGAAGGAGAAGCUCCUGGAGAGGGAGCGCAAGAAGGCUCUGCUCCAAGCCCUGGAGGACAGAUGGAAGAACGAACGCCAGCGGAAAGGGGAGUCCUACUGGUACUCAGUCACCGCUUCCGUAGUUACGAGAAUUGUGGAGAAUAUUGAAUUAAAAAUUCAAGAUGUCCAUUUGCGCUUUGAAGAUGGUAUUACCAAUCCGUCCCAUCCUUUUGCAUUCGGCAUCUGUAUUAAGAAUGUGUCUGUGCAGAAUGCUGUGAAUGAGCCUGUACAGAAGUUAAUGCGGAAAAAGCAACUAGACGUGGCAGACUUCAGCGUCUACUGGGAUGCCCACUGCACUUUGUUGGGGGACUUGCCCCAGGUGGAGUUACAGGAGGCCAUGGACAAGAGCAUGGAGAGCCGCGCGCAUCACUACAUCCUGGAGCCCGUGUGCGCAUCUGCUCUCUUGAAGAGAAACUGCUCCAAAGAGCCCCUGAGGUCUCGGCACAGCCCCCGGAUCGAGUGCGACAUUCACCUGGAGACCAUCCCCUUGAAACUCUCUCAGCUGCAGUACCGGCAGAUCAUGGAGUUCCUCAAGGAGCUGGAACGAAAGGAGAGGCAGGUCAAGUUCCGAAGAUGGAAGCCCAAAGUGGCUGUGUCUGAGAACUGCCGAGAAUGGUGGUAUUUUGCUCUGAAUGCCAACCUGAACGAGAUCAGAGAGGAGAGGAAGCGCUGUACCUGGGACUUCUUGUUGCACCGGGCCCGCGAUGCCGUGUCUUACACCGACAAGUACUUCAGCAAGCUGAAAGGAGGCUUGCUGCAUGCAGACGACAGGGAGGAGAUGCGCCGGAUUGAGGAGGAACAGAGCUUUGAGGAGUUGAAGAUUUUGCGUGAACUGGUUCAUGAGCGAUUUCACAAGCAGGAAGAACUGGCAGAGAGCCUACGAGAGCCUCAGUUGGAUUCUCCGGGGGAUUCCCCUGGGGACCCGGAAACGAGUGGAGGCAGUGGGAUGCUCCAGUACCUUCAGUCCUGGUUUCCUGGCUGGGGUGGCUGGUACGGGCAGCAGACCCCUGAGGGGAGAGUGGUCGAGGGGCUGUCGGCAGAGCAGCACGGACAGUGGACUCCCGAGGAGAUCCUAGGCACCGAGGAGUUCUUCGACCCCACCGCUGACGCGUCCUGCCUGAGUGCCUACACGAAGCGGGACCUGGUGUUUGCCACACUGAACGUGCAGCUGCAGCGAGGCACCGUGACGCUGCUGCACCAGGAGCCGGGCGGCCCACGGGCCGAGGAGCGCGCCUUCAUGCAGCUCGAGUUCUCAGGUGUGAAGCUGCUAGCAGAGUCUCUUCCUCGAAGAAAUUCCUCCUUGCUCUCAGUCCAGUUGGGUGGACUGUUUCUUCGAGACCUGGCCACAGAAGGCACCAUGUUUCCCCUUCUGGUGUUCCCGAAUUCACAAAAAGAAGUUGGCAGAGUCUCACAGUCUUUUGGUCUCCAGACAACAUCUGCAGACAGAAGUGAUCAUAACCCUGCUGCGGACCCGGAUGACCCGGUUUUUGAGAUGCUGUAUGAGAGAAAUCCAGUGCACAGCCAUUUUGAGAGGCGGCUGAAUGUCAGCACGAGGCCCUUGAACAUCAUAUAUAAUCCCCAGGCUAUUAAAAAAGUAGCAGACUUUUUCUACAAGGGAAAGGUUCAUACCUCAGGUUUUGGCUAUCAGUCUGAACUUGAGCUGAGAGUGGCAGAAGCUGCCCGAAGACAGUAUAACAAACUGAAGAUGCAGACCAAGGCAGAAAUCCGACAAACGCUCGAUCGUUUGCUGGUGGGAGACUUCAUUGAGGAGAGCAAAAGGUGGACCGUGCGACUAGAUAUUUCCGCCCCUCAGGUGAUCUUUCCUGACGAUUUCAAAUCCAGGAACCCCGUGUUAGUUGUUGUGGAUCUAGGGAGAAUGCUGUUGACAAAUAGCCAAGAUGACUCCAAGAGGAAAAGUGGGGAUGGGCUAGCGUCUGAAGAGGACCAGUUUAGUGAUGACGAGUAUAAGACGCCCCUUGCCACACCUCCCAGCACCCCCCCUCCUGAGACAAGCAGCGGUAAUGGAGGGAAAACAGCGCCAUUUGCUGAGAUGGAAUUCAGCGCAGAGCAGCUGCAGGCACAUCUCAUGAGCACGAAGAUGUAUGAGAGGUACUCCCUGUCAUUCAUGGACCUCCAGAUCAUGGUCGGACGAGUGAAGGACAAUUGGAAGCACGUCCAGGAUAUUGACGUGGGACCAACGCACGUGGUUGAGAAGUUCAACGUUCACCUCCAGUUAGAACGUCGCUUGAUUUAUACUUCAGAUCCCAAGUACCCCGGAGCCGUGCUCUCAGGCAACCUCCCUGACUUGAAAAUCCACAUCAAUGAAGAGAAAAUAUCUGCUCUGAAGAAUUGCUUUGCUCUCCUGACCACCCCAGAAGUGAAGACUUCGGACACUCAGUUUAAGGAGAAGAUUUUUCCUCAAGGCGGGCAGCGGGGCAGUUUGCAGGACUCAGUAAUGAAUUUAACCCAGAGCUUUGUGAUGCUGGAGCAGCAUACCCGGGAGGUUCUGGUGGAGUCACAGCUCCUCCUGGCCGAGUUUAAGGUGAACUGCAUGCAGCUUGGUGUGGAAAGCAACGGUCGGUACAUUUCUGUGCUCAAGGUGUUUGGGACCAAUGCUCACUUUGUGAAGAGGCCUUACGAUGUGGAGGUCUCCCUGACCGUCCACGGACUGCUCCUGGUGGACACGAUGCAGACGUACGGUGCUGAUUUUGACCUUCUGAUGGCUUCGCAUAAGAACUUGAGCUUCGAUGUCCCAACAGGAAGCCUCCGGGACAGCAGGGCCCAGUCUCCUGUCUCCGGAUCCAACGCGGCCCACCUCACCAGUGCAGCCACACUGAAUGACCCAUCGGCUACUGGUGUUUCACUUGACAAAAUUCUCACCAAAGAACAGGAGUCCCUCAUCAAACUGGAGUAUCAGUUUGUGAGUUCAGAGUGCCCGUCGAUGAAUUUGGACAGCACUCUUCAGGUGAUUUCAUUACAGGUGAAUAAUCUGGAUAUUAUCCUAAAUCCGGAGACAAUCGUGGAGCUGAUUGGUUUUCUUCAGAAAUCUUUUCCCAAGGAAAAAGAUGAUUUGAGUCCUCAGCCUUUGAUGACUGAUUUUGAAAGAAGCUUCAGAGAAGAAGGAACUUACCAAGCUACAUAUGAACAGAACACCGAGGUUGCCGUGGAAAUCCACAGGCUUAACUUACUGCUCCUUCGGACAGUAGGGAUGGCAAAUGGCGAGAAAUACGGCAGAAAAAUUGCAACUGCGAGCAUCGGCAGCACCAAAGUUAAUGUCUCAAUGGGUAGCACAUUUGACAUGAAUGGUUCUCUCGGUUGUUUGCAGCUCAUGGAUUUGACUCAAGAGAACGUUAAGAACCAGUAUGUUGUCAGCAUUGGGAAUUCCAUAGGCUAUGAAAAUAUCAUCAGCGACAUUGGCUACUUUGAAUCUGUAUUUGUUAGGAUGGAAGACGCCGCCGUGAGUGAAGCUCUGAGUUUCACCUUUGUUGAGAAAUCCAAACAGGAGUGUCUUCUCAGCCUCAAGAUGGCUUCCUUGCAUUACAACCACUCUGCCAAGUUUCUGAAGGAGUUGACGCUGUCCAUGGAUGAGCUGGAAGAAAAUUUUCGAAGUAUGCUGAAAAGCGCAGCUACCAAAGUCACUACAGUACUGGCUACCAAGACGGCCGAGUACAGUGAGAUGGUGUCACUCUUCGAAACGCCAAGGAAGACUCGGGAAUCCUUUGUCGUAGAAGAGAAUGAAAUGUAUGGGUUUGGCCUCGCUGGGUCUCAUUCUGACACCGUAAAGCUGAUCUUGAACAUAAACAUUGAAUCCCCUGUUGUGUCGAUCCCUCGGAAGCCCGGGAGUCCCGAGUUGUUGGUGGGACACUUAGGACAAAUAUUCAUCCAGAAUUUUGUGUCAGGAGACGAUGAAUCCAGAAGUGACCGUCUGCGGGUAGAAAUUAAAGACAUUAAGUUAUAUUCUUUGAACUGCACCCAGUUGGCAGGCAGAGAGGGUCCUGGGUCCGAAGUAAGCCGGGGGUUUUGCUCUCCUUCUGGCUCUGCCAGUGCCACCAGUCAGGAGGAAGCUCAUUUCACCCGACAUGAUUUUUUUGAAUCUUUGCAUAGAGGUCAAGCUUUUCACAUCCUGAACAACACCACCAUUCAGUUUAAACUGGAGAAGAUCCCUAUAGAGAGAGAAUCUGAAUUGACUUUCUCCCUUAGUCCAGAUGACCUAGGAACUUCUAGCAUCAUGAAGAUCGAAGGGAAAUUUGUCAACCCAGUUCAGGUGGUGUUAGCAAAGCAUGUAUAUGAGCAGGUUUUACAAACGCUGGACAAUCUCGUGUAUAGUGAAGAUCUGAAUAAAUUUCCAGUCAGUGCUACCUCCUCACCUUGCCCUAAUUCUCCUCUGCCUUCCCUCAGUACCUGUGGAGAACCUUCCACUGAAAGGAAGGAGAAUGGAUUGUUCAGCCACUCCAGCCUUUCUAACUCUUCUCAAAAGUCCUUGUCUCUGAAGGAAGUCAAAUCUUUUACCCAGAUUCAAGCCAACUUUUGUAUAUCAGAGCUUCAAGUCCAGCUAAGUGGAGAUCUGACUCUGGGGGCCCAGGGUCUCGUGAGCUUAAAGUUUCAGGACUUUGAGGUGGAAUUCAGUAAAGCCCACCCUCAGACUCUAUCUGUGCAGAUUGCCCUGCGCUCUCUGCUGAUGGAAGACUUACUGGAGAAAAACCCAGACUCCAAAUACAAGAACUUGAUGGUGUCUCGGGGAGCCCCUAAACCAUCCAGUUUAGCACAAAAAGAGUAUCUUUCUCAGUCUUGUCCUUCAGUAUCCAAUGUGGAGUACCCCGACAUGCCUCGGUCGCUCCCUUCCCACAUGGAAGAAGCUCCUAAUGUCUUCCAGUUGUAUCAGAGACCCACCUCGGCUUCCCGGAAGAAGCAAAAGGAAGUCCAAGACAAAGACUGUCCCUUGACCCCACCCCCUUCUCCAACAGUAGAUGAGCCCAAGAUACUUGCUGGGAAGAGUAAGUUUGAUGAUUCUUUGGUACAUAUCAAUGUAUUCUUGGUGGAUAAGAAGCAUCCAGAAUUCUCUUCCAGUUAUAAUCGAGUUAACCGGAACAUUGAUGUCGAUUUUAACUGCUUGGAUGUGCUGAUCACGCUGCAGACCUGGGUCGUGAUACUAGAUUUUUUUGGAAUUGGCUCCACUGCGGACAACCACGCCAUGAAGGUGCUGCCUGAGGACAUUCUGCAAAAUGUGAAGUCAGAACCAAACGCUCUCCUGGAGUCUGAGCUUCAGGAUCCGGUUAACACCAAGCUGGAUCUCAAGGUUCAUUCGCUCUCUCUCGUGCUGAAUAAGACCACCAGUGAGCUUGCUAAAGCCAGUGUGUCCAAAUUGGCGGCACACCUGGAAAUGAUUGACGGAGACCUGGCCUUACAGGGCAGCAUCGGGAGCCUGUCCCUGAGUGACCUCACAGCGCAUGGAGAAUUCUACAGAGAGCGCUUCACGACCAGUGGGGAAGAAGCGCUCAUCUUCCAGACUUUUAAAUACGGCCGGCCUGACCCGCUGCUCCGGAGAGAACACGACAUGCGAGUGAGCCUCCAGAUGGCCUCCGUGCAGUAUGUGCACACGCAGCGCUUCCAGGCCGAGGUGGUGGCCUUUGUCCAGCACUUCACGCAGCUGCAAGAUGUCUUGGGGCGCCAGCGAGCCGCCAUCGAGGGGCAGACGGUGAGAGACCAAGCCCAGCGCUGUUCACGGGUUCUCCUGGAUAUUGAGGCGGGUGCUCCCGUUCUCCUUAUCCCUGAAAGUUCCAGAUCAAAUAAUCUGAUUGUAGCAAAUUUGGGGAAGUUGAAGGUCAAGAACAAGUUUCUCUUUGCUGGUUUUCCUGGGACCUUUUCCUUACAAGAUAAGGAAUCUGUGCCUUCAGCGUCCCCAACGGGUACCCCCAAACACUACAUGAGGAAAAUGACAAGCACGGAGGACCCAAAGGGAGCACAUUCCGAGGGGUUGUUCAUGAUGCCUCCUGCUGGAAUGAGUCUAGGCAGCCUGAGGAGUGAGUCUGCGCCAAGUACUUCGACCAAGCAGCAAGGGCAGCAAGCCGCGCCCUCUGCCAGCCAGCUUUCCAGCAGUCCAGAAGACCAUGUCUGCCUGCUGGAUUGCAUUGUCGUGGACCUACAAGACAUGGACAUCUUUGCUGCAGAGAGGCGUCCACGAGAGUAUUCUAAGGCCUCAGACGACAGCAGUGGGGAUCUGGUGUUCCCUUCCUACUCCGUGCGUCCGACGGGAGGGAGUCUCCUAACUGAGCCUUGUCGCCUGAAACUGCAGGUGGAAAGGAAUUUGGACAAAGAAAUAAGUCAUACUGUGCCAGACAUUUCUAUCCAUGGCAGCCUCUCCUCAGUCCACUGCUCCCUGGAUUUGUCCAAAUACAAGCUGAUCCGGGGUUUACUGGAGAACAACCUCGGAGAGCCCAUAGAGGAAUUUAUGCGGCCUUAUGAUUUACAAGACCCAAGAAUUCACACUAUUCUCAGUGGAGAAGUGUACACGUGCAUGUGCUUCCUCAUCGAUAUGGUGAACGUGAGUCUGGAGCUGAAAGAUCCCAAAGGAAAAGAAAGUACUGGGUCCUUAGCCAGAUUCGACUUCAAGAAAUGUAAACUGCUCUAUGAAAGCUUUUCCAACCAAACCAAAUCCAUUAACUUGGUUUCCCAUUCCAUGAUGGCUUUUGACACCCGCUAUGCUGGGCAGAAGGCCAGCGCUGGCAUGACAAAUGUAUUCAGUUGUAUUUUUCAGCCUUCCAGGAACAGCAGCACCACCCAGGGAUCCAUCCAGAUGGAACUGCAUUUCAGAUCUACGAAGGACUCAUCCUGUUUUACAGUAGUUCUCAACAAUCUGCGCGUGUUCCUCAUAUUUGACUGGCUCCUGCUAGUCCAUGAUUUUCUUCACACUCCCAGCGAUAUCAAGAAACAGACUCAUGUUACUUCUCGCCACCGUAACUCUAGCAGCGAAUCUGCUGUAGUUCCCAAAACUGUGAAAAGUGGAGUAGUUACCAAGCGGUCUUCCCUUCCUGUGUCCACUGAAAGACACCUGGAGGUCAAGGUCAACGUAACAGGCACGGAAUUUGUGGUCGUUGAAGACGUGUCCUGCUUCGAUACCAAUGCCAUUAUUCUCAAAGGCACCACAGUGCUCACCUAUAAGCCCCGAUUUGUCGAUCGCCCCUUUUCAGGGAGUUUGUUUGGCAUCGAGGUGUUUUCAUGCCGACUAGGGAAUGAGCACGAGACGGCUCUUUCAAUUGUUGAUCCAGUUCAAAUUCAAGUGGAGCUCGUGGGUAACUCUUCUUACCAGAAUAGUUCGGGAUUGAUGGAUGCGUUCAAUAGUGAAGAUUUCCCACCAAUCUUAGAGAUUCAGUUACAAGCCCUGGAUAUCCGACUCUCCUACAACGAUGUUCAGCUGUUUCUUGCCAUUGCAAAAUCCAUCCCAGAGCAAGCCAGUGCUGCAGCGCCGGACCCAGUGGCCCUGGAGACCAGCUCUGUUAGCAGUUCCCUUCCAGGCGGGACUCGGGCUGGAGAGGAGAUCAGAGAAGGUUCGAGACACACCCUAGAUCCUGUCUUGGAGUUACAGCUGGCUAGACUGCAGGAGCUGGGAUUCAGCAUGGAUGAUUGCCGCAAAGCCCUGUUCGUGUGCCAAGGCCAGCUGAAAAAGGCGGCAAGUUGGUUAUUUAAGAAUGCCGAACCUCUGAAGUCUCUCUCUCUGGCUUCGAGUGGCCGCGAGAGCCAGGGGCCCGUGGCGGCGCGGCUGAUCUCCGGCGUGGAGGUGAAAGCCGAGAGCGUGUGCAUCUGCUUCAUCGACGACUGCAUGGACUGUGACGUCCCUCUGGCUGAGCUCACCUUUUCCCGUGUGACCUUCCUGCAGCAGGCACGAGCUAGCCCUGAAGGCUACGCCCACUUCACCCUCUCCGGAGAUUAUUACAACCGCGCCCUGUCAGGCUGGGAGCCAUUUAUCGAGCCAUGGCCAUGCUCCAUAUCCUGGCAACAACAGGCAGCUAGUCGCCUCCAUCCUCCUCGACUGAAGCUGGAAGCCAAGGCCAAACCCCGUUUGGAUAUCAACAUCACCUCUGUGCUAAUUGACCAAUAUGUAAGUACCAAGGAAUCGUGGAUGGCAGAUUACUGUAAACAGGACAAGGAAAUGGAUUCAACCACAUCAGAAGACUGGAUGGGCUCUUCAGUGGAUCCUCCAUGCUUUGGACAAAGCCUCCCCCUUGUCUACCUUAGAACUAGGAGUACAGCCAGUCUGACUAACCUAGAGCACCAGAUCUAUGCUAGAGCAGAGGUGAAGACGCCCAAGCGACGGCAGCCCUUUGUCCCUUUUGCUCUGAGGAACCACACAGGCUGCACUUUGUGGUUUGCCACCCUGACCACCACGCCCACCAGGGCUGCGCUGUCCCACAGCGGGAGUCCGGGGCUCGUUCCAGAAGGCAAUGGCACAUUUCUUGAUGACGCUCACAAUGUCAGUGAAUGGCGGGAAGUCCUCACGGGGGAGGAGAUUCCCUUUGAAUUUGAAGCAAGAGGAAAGCUUAGACACAGGCACACCCACGACCUCCGGAUUCACCAGCUGCAAGUGAGAGUGAACGGCUGGGAGCAAGUGAGCCCCGUGUCUGUGGACAAAGUUGGGACAUUUUUCCGCUACGCAGCACCGGAUAAGAAUUCAUCUUCCUCUACGAUUGGCAGCCCAAGCAGCAGAACGAAUAUUAUUCAUCCCCAGGUUUAUUUCUCUUCGCUCCCACCUGUUCGGGUGGUCUUUGCCGUGACGAUGGAAGGCAGCGCCCGGAAAGUCAUCACUGUCCGGUCUGCUCUCAUUGUUAAGAACAGGCUUGAGACACCCAUGGAGCUGAGACUGGAUAGCCCGUCAGCUCCAGACAAGCCUGUGGUGCUUCCUGCUAUCAUGCCAGGGGAUUCGUUCGCGGUGCCUUUACAUCUCACUUCCUGGCGGCUACAGGCCCGGCCCAAAGGAUUGGGUGUGUUUUUCUGUAAGGCUCCUAUUCACUGGACCAAUGUAGUGAAGACUGCAGAGGUUAGCAGCAGCAAACGAGAGUGCCACUCUAUGGACUUGGACAAAAGCCGAUUCUUCAGGUUUUGUGUGGCCAUAAAGAAGGAGAAUUACCCGGAUUAUAUGCCCUCAAACAUAUUUUCUGAUAGUGCAAAACAGAUCUUCAGACAGCCAGGACAUACCAUAUACCUCCUUCCAACUGUGGUCAUCUGCAACUUAUUACCUUGUGAACUUGACUUUUAUGUGAAAGGGAUGCCAAUUAAUGGGACCCUGAAACCUGGCAAAGAGGUGGCCCUCCACACAGCUGAUACAUCACAGAACAUUGAACUGGGGGUAUCCCUGGAAAAUUUUCCACUCUGUAAGGAACUGCUCAUUCCACCGGGAACCCAGAACUACAUGGUGAGGAUGCGACUGUAUGACAUCAACCGGAGGCAGCUGAACCUCACCAUCCGCAUCGUGUGUCGAGCAGAAGGGUCCCUGAAGAUCUUCAUUUCUGCUCCGUAUUGGUUGAUUAACAAAACAGGGUUACCACUGAUCUUCAGACAGGACAAUGCAAAGACAGAUGCCGCAGGCCAGUUUGAGGAACACGAGCUGGCCCGGAGCCUGAGCCCUCUCUUAUUCUGCUACGCCGACAGAGAGCAGCCAAACCUCUGCACGAUGAGAAUCGGAAGGGGGAUUCACCCUGAAGGCAUGCCGGGCUGGUGUCAGGGCUUCUCACUGGAUGGUGGUAGUGGUGUCCGAGCUUUGAAAGUCAUCCAGCAAGGAAACCGCCCAGGGCUGAUCUAUAACAUUGGUAUUGAUGUCAAGAAAGGCCGAGGUCGAUAUAUCGAUACCUGUAUGGUCAUCUUUGCCCCUCGUUACCUGUUAGAUAAUAAAUCAUCUCACAAGCUUGCAUUUGCACAGAGGGAAUUUGCCCGGGGACAGGGAACAGCCAAUCCUGAAGGCUACAUCUCCACCCUUCCUGGUUCCAGUGUGGUGUUCCACUGGCCUCGGAAUGACUAUGACCAGCUUUUAUGUGUCAGACUGAUGGAUGUUCCCAAUUGUAUUUGGUCUGGAGGCUUCGAAGUCAACAAGAAUAAUUCCUUCCAUAUCAACAUGAGAGAUACCCUGGGGAAGUGCUUCUUCCUGCGUGUGGAAAUUACUCUCCGAGGAGCCACCUACAGGAUCUCGUUUAGUGACACGGACCAGUUACCCCCGCCUUUCCGAAUUGACAACUUUUCUAAGGUUCCAGUGGUCUUUACUCAGCACGGUGUAGCUGAACCCAGACUCCGAACCGAAGUGAAGCCCAUGACGUCAUUGGAUUAUGCCUGGGAUGAACCCACCCUGCCUCCUUUCAUCACGCUCACCGUGAAAGGGGCGGGCUCCUCCGAGCUCAGCUGCAGCAUGAAUGAUUUUCAGGACAACCGACAGCUCUAUUAUGAAAACUUCAUUUACAUCGCUGCUACGUAUACAUUCUCGGGUUUACAGGAGGGGACGGGAAGGCCCGGCGCCUCUAGCAAGACUACUGCGUGUGCGGAGCUUGUCUUGGAUGUCUCCCCAAAGACACAAAGAGUCAUUUUAAAGAAGAAGGAGCCCGGGAAGCGCUCCCAACUGUGGAGGAUGACUGGCACGGGCAUGCUGGCCCACGAGGGAUCUUCAGUGCCUCACAACCCCAAUAAGCCCUCCGCAGCCCGCUCCCCAGAGGGCUCUGCCAUCUUGGAUAUCGCUGGUCUCGCGGCAGUAACUGACAACAGGUACGAGCCACUGAUGCUACGCAAGCCGGAUCGCAGGCGAAGCACGACUCAGACGUGGAGUUUCCGGGAAGGAAAACUGACCUGUGGGCUGCACGGGUUGGUUGUUCAGGCCAAAGGAGGACUUUCCGGUUUAUUUGAUGGAGCUGAAGUUGUUCUUGGUCCUGACACUUCCAUGGAGCUUCUGGGGCCAGUUCCUCCUGAACAACAGUUUAUCAACCAAAAAAUGAGGCCUGGUUCUGGAAUGUUAUCCAUCCGAGUCAUCCCAGAUGGGCCAACCAGAGCACUCCAGAUAACAGAUUUCUCCCAACGGAAAAGUGACCGUUCAUCAUAUGAAAUGGAUGAACUUCCCGUUACCGAGCAAGAGGUACAGAAAUUAAAGAAUCCAGACACAGAGCAGGAACUGGAAGUGCUUGUGAAGUUAGAAGGUGGAAUUGGGUUGUCCUUAAUUAAUAAAGUCCCAGAAGAACUGGUCUUUGCAAGUCUUACAGGAAUCAAUGUGCAUUACACGCAGAUGGCAACAAGUCAUAUGCUUGAGCUCAGCAUACAGGAUGUGCAGGUGGACAAUCAGCUCAUUGGUACCACUCAGCCCUUCAUGCUCUACGUGACUCCCCUGAGCAAUGAGAAUGAGGUCAUCGAGACCGGCCCGGCCGUGCAGGUGAACGCGGUGAAGUUCCCCAGUAAGAGCGCGCUGACCAACAUCUACAAGCAUCUGAUGAUCACGGCUCAGAGAUUCACGGUGCAAAUUGAAGAGAAACUGCUCCUCAAGCUGCUGAGUUUUUUUGGCUACGAUCAAGCAGAAUCAGAGGUGGAAAAGUAUGAUGAAAACCUCCACGAUAAGACGGCUGAGCAGGGUGGAACACCAAUUCGGUACUACUUCGAAAACCUCAAAAUCAGCAUUCCCCAGAUCAAGCUGAGUGUGUUCACCUCCAACAAGCUACCGCUGGAUCUCAAGGCCCUAAAAAGUACCUUGGGAUUUCCACUGAUUCGGUUUGAGGAUGCCGUGAUUAAUCUGGAUCCAUUCACUCGGGUACAUCCCUAUGAGACCAAGGAGUUCAUCAUCAAUGAUAUCCUCAAACACUUCCAGGAGGAACUCCUCAGCCAGGCAGCUCGGAUCUUGGGAUCCGUGGACUUUCUCGGCAAUCCCAUGGGGCUGUUGAAUGAUGUUUCUGAAGGGGUUACUGGACUAAUAAAAUACGGAAAUGUCGGGGGCCUCAUCAGAAAUGUCACACACGGCGUAUCAAACUCUGCCGCCAAGUUCGCAGGGACAUUAUCGGACGGCUUAGGGAAAACGAUGGACAAUCGGCAUCAGUCGGAGCGGGAGUACAUCAGAUACCACGCAGCCACAAGUGGGGAGCACCUUGUCGCCGGCAUCCAUGGCCUGGCUCAUGGUAUCAUUGGUGGACUGACCAGUGUGAUAACCUCGACAGUGGAAGGAGUGAAAACGGAAGGGGGUGUCAGCGGUUUCAUAUCUGGCCUUGGGAAAGGGCUUGUUGGCACUGUAACCAAACCAGUGGCAGGUGCCCUGGAUUUUGCAUCAGAAACAGCCCAGGCGGUGAGAGACACAGCCACGCUUAGUGGCCCCAGGACUCAAGCCCAGAGGGUUCGGAAGCCGCGCUGCUGCACCGGGCCGCAGGGGCUGCUGCCCCGCUACUCAGAGAGCCAGGCGGAGGGGCAGGAGCAGCUCUUCAAACUGACGGACAACAUUCAAGAUGAAUUCUUCAUCGCCGUGGAGAACAUCGACAGCUACUGUGUGCUCAUCUCCUCCAGAGCCGUCUACUUCCUGAAGAGGGGCGACUAUGUGGACCGAGAGGCCAUCUUCCUGGAAGUCAAAUACGACGAUCUCUACCACUGCCUCGUCUCCAAAGACCACGGGAAGGUGUACGUGCAGGUGACCAAGAAGGCAGUGAACUCGAGCAGUGGCGUGUCCAUCCCUGGCCCUUCCCACCAGAAGCCCAUGGUCCAUGUGAAAUCCGAGGGCCUCGCUGUCAAGUUAUCACAAGAGAUAAACUAUGCAAAGAGUCUUUACUAUGAACAGCAGCUCAUGUUAAGACUCAAUGAAAACCAAGAGCAGUUGGAGCCGGACUCCUGAGAGGCCCCGGCUGCCCGAGAGACGCUCCCAGACACCCCAGAUCCAUCAGGAGGAAAGGCCCUUUGGCUGGGCCUCAGUCCAACCAGAAUAAGGUUUGGGGGACGAUAUCAAGAAACAAGGGGAAGAUACAAGAACAAGUGGAAACCAUGUUAAUUUGUGGGUGGGGUGGAGGGUUACUUUAGAUUAUGGGGAAAUAAUUUUCAAAAGGUUUUUGUUGAAUAACGUUUAAAAAAAAAGUGUACUGAGAUGAAUCUAAUUUUUGGAUUGCCCUGUAUUUUGUUAACAUGUAUAUAGGUACAACCGUGUGUUUGUAAAUAUAUAGGAGCAUUUCUGAACAGGGCCUGUGAUGUGUGUAAAGGUUUAUUAACUGUAAAGUAAUAUAAAAUUAUAUUGGAUCUUUUAUUGCACUAAUUCUACACAUCUAAUUCAGGGUACUGUCUAUAAAAAGGCAUUCUUGAAAGUUGAAGAAUGUUCUUUGUUAGUUUUGGAAACCAGAGAAGUCACAGGAACAAAGAUUGAGUGAGACUGGGGGUGCUCUGGUGGGCGCCUUGGAAUCCCGGGGCCCCCGAGGCUCGAUGGGGCAGCCCGUGCCCCAGAGCCGGAGCCAGCCCCUGAAGGAGAUGCAGGAUGGUGGCUCGGAAACCCAUCUUUUAUUUAUUUCCCACCCCCACUUCGUUUUUUCCUCCAUCUAUUUGGCUUUCUCCUGACUAGUCUUGCCCAACUUUGAGGUAAAUUGUGUUCUGUUACUGUGGGUCUGAGUGUGCGUGUGUACACUCGUGCACACCAGCAUUGUAAGUUUUUCUUGGGUUAUCAUCAGAGAGGGUCAGUUUGAAACACUGGUAGGCUCUGUUGAUUUAGAAGGAAAAACAUCUCACGGAACUGUUUGUUUUAACAAAUCAAAAAUCCACAGACUUCUCAGAAGUCCCCACUCAGAAGGCUCUUCUUUCUGAGCAACAACCGGGAGGAGGUCCUAGGACUCUUUCCUUUCAAUAAAGCCACAGUCAGGUACCACAGCUGCACAGCCCUGGGGUCAGCAGUGGUAACACCAGACGAGAAGGAAGAGAGUCUCGGGAAAGGGAAUGAAAUCUGAGUAUUAAGAAAAGCUGUUUUGUCCUUUUUUCAUGGAACCAAGAUUUGGCUAGAACAUCUCUUGUCCUUGGUCUUAAGUUCCAGCCAGUUAGCAAGGCCUGCUAUGAGAGCCCUCUUCCUCCUGGGGCUUGUUUUUGCUGUUUCCCUGAGAGGGGGGCUCCCUCCAGCGUGAAUGACUAGCCUUGUGAUUUUUAAAUUUUCACUUUGACAAAGCUCAUCGGUCUCUAUGGCCUCGUCACAUAUAGCCGAGGUCGAGACGCAGUGCAUCAGCGGAUGUGUAGAAGGUUUUGGUGUUUGGAAGUCCUGACCCAAACCCUUCCGCAACGCAGAUGAAGCUGAUCUGUCCACCUCACUGGCCCUCGCCCUGCGCGUGUGCACGCGUGUGUGCAUGUGCGGGUGUGUGCGGGCGUGUGUUUUCAAAGAAGCAGGAGGGGAGCGUUAGCACAAGUGCUCGAGAGCUUUGGCUCAACAGUGUUUCCAGGGAUCGUCGUGAACUCCAAGGUCUGUGUCGUCUUCACGAGCUCUAAGUUGGUGGACUGCAAAAUCGAAACUUGGCUCGUGAAGGGUUGGGGCGGAUUUUGGUUUGUUGUUUGUCUGUCUUUGCUGGGGGGCAGUCACGACCCUCUGCUCACACUCGAGACCCACAGCAGCGCAGCCUGGCGUCACCUGCCGUGGGUCCGUCCCCCCCGCCUCCCCAGCCUCCCCAGCUGUGCCCCACUUUUGCCAUCAGUGACCCACCGCCUGCCGGAGACCACGAUCUCCUAAAGAUGAGACUCUCAGAAGGGCUGAUUGUUUGCCUCGGUGAGCCUUCUGUCGCUUUCUGGAAUGAAGUCAGUGGGAUUUCGUGUGACCGAAGCAGGCAGUCCUCAGCCCCUGGUGGCACCUGGGAUGCAGGAAGCCGGCUGAGGGCUGCACCGGGCAGAGCUGCUACCCACAGGCCACCAAGAGGUGUUGCGUGCGGUGCCCUCCUCCCGGAGCCCUUCUGACUUUAAUCAGCUCUAGAAACAGUCGCCCGGCCGGUGGAUUGUGCAAGUCCUCGCCUGGAGGAGCCUGAGAAGAUGCUAGAGCUUCUGGGGCUCUCUGCCCUCGCGGCCCCCCCCCCGGGGUGGGGGGGGGGCUUCAGGGGCCUUGGACUGAGCUUCCUGCUUGGCCAGGAAAGAAUUCAAAGCCCUGAAGGAAGCAGGCCCUGCCCCAGGCUCCUUGAGUGCCUGGUUUCUUUUUCAAUUGGUGUUUAGCCCUUGAUGUCUAAGACUUUGUUAUGAUAAUUUCUCCCGAUUUUCAUGCUGUCCCAAAUACACAGAUUCUCUCCGAGAAAAGUAAAAGAAAUUGAAUGAGGAGAAAUUGGAUAAGGAGAAAUCAAAAGCCAUCCUAAUUCCCCGACCCAGCACAGUCGGCCAACCCACAGGGCCGGGCAGUCAGAGCUGCGGCCUCGCCCUCGGGGAGCACUGGCCCGAGGGAGGCGCCCCCGCACCCCCACUGAGGGGGAGGCAGCCCCUGUCCAGCCUCUGUGGGCACGGCCAGCGGCCUGGUGGGGACUCACCGGGAUGUUCAGAGGCUCUAGGACAACUUUUUUUUUAAGCAUCAUCUGUGCCUCAAAAUACCAUAGUAGCUGCUUGAUAAAACCUGAAAUUAAAUUAACUGGUUCUCUACUGUGUAAACAUGAUUACUUACGGUCACCGAUCUGUUAAGACUCUUUCAUCUGUUCCUCAUGUCAGAGUCGUUAUUUUUCUUCCUGUGGAAUAAAAUGCUUUAUUGACUUCCCA